AAACGCCGCGUUCUGUUUAUUCGGCGUACGCUAUUUCACCGAAUAACUCUUUCAGCCUCCCUAAAGCUGCCUCUUUUGAGACAACCUCUCUGACCUUCUUGUAUGUCAUGUGAAGUUUGGAACAAUUCAAGAGAAGUGGUGUUGUUAUUGAUCAAACUAUGGAGGAAAGUGGGAGUACUCAACCUAGAGUUCAACGGAAGCAAAUGGGGUAUGAAGAAAAAACCGCAGCGGUUCAUGAAGAAAUGAAAAGAAUGAACCGGCUUCCUGCGACCAGUACUUAUGUUACUCAUCGCUUGCGAGUUCUUAAUAAAAUUCUUCAACUUUUGUCAAUUCAGAGAACUGCUUCACAAGAAGAGGAGUUGGAGUUGUUAUUUGCUGGAUUGUCUCUAUGAACUGGCUUGUCUAGACAAUGGUUCAUAAACAUCAUGGCAAAGUGUCAAACCAAGGAUCUCUGUCUCUGGACAACUUUUUCCAAGUGUUUUAUACUGUAUAAAGUAGAAUUCAUCUCUGAUAAUGUGAUGUUUAAUGCUUUGUGUAUGUCUUAUAUUUAUCUGAUCGCAUGCUUUUUGGUAUGUUUGGCUGGAGAAGGGGCUUUAUUUGUCUAGUUUUUGUGAAGUAACCAUCUGGACAAACCAGAAACCUUAUGCAUGUGUUAUAUAAUAAUGAUAUCGGAAAUCCUUGUUCUUAGGA